AUGGGCGUCGUAAUUACCCCCGAGCCUGCGGCCCUCUCCGCCGACGACUUGUCGCUCUUCUACACAACUGACGAGCUACUCUCCAAUUCUCCCGUACUAAUUUUCUACGGCCCCACCGCAACCUCGACCCAGGCGACGCACUCGCGCAUCCAGGCCCAUGUGUUUACGCCCGCCGGCUUCCACAACUAUGCCCGCUUAAUUAUAUCCCCAACCGCCACCUUCUACAACGCCGUCUCGUGCCUGCCGCGCGAGGAGCAGGGCGACGAGAUAUGUCGCGGCCUCGCCUUCAGCCUCUACAAGUACUUUCUCGAGCUGCCCCCCGAAAUCAAGACGGCAUGGGCAAAGCGCUACGGCUCCUCCGAAAGCCUGCUUUCCGCCCCCAGGCUCUUCUCCGAGUCGCAUGCCGCCAUUGUCGCCACCAAGAUGGUCAAGGUCGAGAAUGUCAUGGACGUCGUGGUAGACGUGCGCCAUGCCCUGGGCGAGCAGACGCUCUCGUGGAUCGACGUCGAUGUCGUCCUGCCCCAGGGAAGCAUCCACAAGCUCGAGUUGAAGGAUUCGGCCCAGUUUGAGGAUGUCGAAGACGACCUGACCAAGCAAAAAUAUGGCCAGUACGCUCCCCUCGUCCGCCUGUUUGGCGAGUCGGCCUUCCUCCCCACAUCCAGGCUCCGCCGCGCGCCCUCCAAACCCACAUCCCUCAACCGAUCCCAGACCUUUUCACGAAAACAAAAGGAGACUCUCCGACGCGAGCUGUGCGAGUUGCUGGACACGGAGGAAAACUACGUUAGCAAGCUGGACGAGUUGGUGCACACAGUGGCGGUCGAGUUCCGCGCAAAGGCCAUGCAAAAGUCAUCUUCGAGCGGCAGCCCGACCGAGCAAGCCCUGCGCGGUCUGUUCCCUCCCAGUCUCGACAAGAUCCUCCAAGUCAAUUCACAAUUCCUCGAAGCCCUGCGCGUUGUGUUGGAAGAAUCAGAGAAUGGAGCAAUAGAAGACAUUGAAACGGCCACAGACGAUGUCUACAUUGCGCCUUUGCGAGGGCAAAAGGAUGCGCCCGACGUUACAGGAGCGGCUGCAGUCGCAAGAACGCUGCUCGAGUGGCUGCCACAGUUUUCAGACUGCUACACCGACUACAUGGCGGCCCAUGGCGAUUUCUCACAGUUGCUGAAGCACUUUACCAAGGACCCAUCGUCGAGUUUCUCGAAGCGGGUCUACGAGACGGGCGAGCAGCGGCUCACAUCCAUGUUGAUAGAGCCCGUGCAACGCCUCCCACGAUACAACCUAUAUAUCGAUAAUAUACUCAAACAGUUGCCAGCGAGACACCCGGCCAUCAGGCUAUUCCUCAAGGCGAGAGACAAAGUGUCCGACAUUUGCACAAGAGAAGGACCCACUGCACAACAGGUCAGAGUGCGUGACCGCUUACGCAAGAUGGUCUCUUCAUGGCCGUCAGGAUUCAUCCCCAAGGGCCGACUCAUGACAGUCAUCGAUUGCGUAGAACUAUCACCACCAUACCACGGCGAGCUUACCGGGCCUGCUACCAUAUCCGGCAUCAUGGUACUCUUUACAGAUUUCCUGGUCCUUCUCCAAAAGUCCGAGGACGGCUCCAUCAAUGCUCGCGGAUUACUGGCUGAGCUAGACAAUCCAAAGUUUGCCGAGUCAUAUGAUGGCACUACAGAACUUACCUUCCACCAGUAUCUCAACUUGAACGAUGUCUUCAUCAGCGAGCACUCGGAGGGAAACAUCAUCCAAGUCGUGUCGCCAGUGCCUCUACUGAACCCAUCGUCGCGGUCACGUCAUCGAGAGUAUCAAAAAUCCGGACUCCGCAUGUUCUAUCUGCAGGGCCCGUACGAGGGCAAAGGCCAAAGGGUCACAGAGGAACUCACCAAAGCUCGCGUCGAGGGCCGGUUUUCAGAAAAAGAGCGAGAGGGCGAUAAAUGGGAAGUGCGAAACCUGCCCAGUGAUCUAAGCUUCUUCUCGGCCAUCACAGAAGAGACUGGUGGCCAGCAAGUGGAAGGGCGCAAGGAACCCGCCAAAGUGCAAAUUCUCGUCGAAGGAUCCAACUUUGCCGAACCCAUACAGGUCGGCGACAACGGCAUCGAGCUUACGGUCACAAUCACCAUUCUCGGAGACGACUUGUAUCUCCUGGAAACAGCUGGCGCCCAUGGAUACGCAGCGCGCGACAAACUUACCAGCCUUGAGUUUUUACCUGUGCUGACGAAGCGCCUGACCAACUAUUUCCAGUUGCGCAACAGCGUGAAGAAUCCGUCACUCACCGAGGCAUAUCUACGCCGGAAUCACCAAAUACUCAAGUCACUUGCUCUCGAAAUGUAUGAAAUGGAACAGGAACGAGGCAGCAAGAGCCGGCCCCAUUCUCCAGUCAAGAUGCUGUCGAGCUUCUUUGGCGGAAGUGUAAGCAACCUCGCAGUGGGCAGCAUCGGCAGAGAGGGUGGCGGCUCUCGCAACCGACUACAGCGCAAUGCGCAUACUUUGGGCGAGAUACCGCGCAUGGCACCACCGCUACAGCCUGCGCCCGUCCGUACUCAAAGUCGUGAUGGCGAAUCAUCGCGUCCCAACUCAUCGAGCACCAACAAGAGCGCCACAUUCAGCGGCUUCGGCAGUGACCCGAUAUCGAAGCUUGAGGAGUCUCUUGCCAACCUGACUUUGGCCUUGCUUGCGCGCAAAGGAAACAUUGUCGGACGUUCUGUUCGGGCCAGGACCGUGGCUGAUGAACUGGUCGUCAACGAACUCUACAACACGGUGCUUGAGAACCCUGGCAACCUCGAUCUCGCUAGUCAAUCGUCGGUCGACGUGCUGUUUGCCGUGUUUGAGAAGUUUCUGAGCAUCGCCUGGCGAGAGCGCAUGGGACCUGUGCUGUCUCACGCUACGCUCGUGUCGUUGCAAAUGAGAUCCGAUAGCAUGCCUCCCGAGGAGUUUGAGGAGUUUUUCAGGAACAUGUAUGACCAGUUCGCGCCGCCGAACCAACGAGCAUUCAGAGCCAUCAUCAACCUGCUGGCCGAAUUGUUGGACGGCACCAGCAACGACGGGGACUGCGGGAUUCUCACGGCGGCGUUUGCCGAGAUGCUCGUCCCUGCUGGCAAUUCGCACGACUUCAUCUCGCUGAUGGAUCGUUUGGUGCAAGACAUUGACGUUCUCUUCCCACCGCAAACACCUGGGGUUGGCACGCCCAACUAUGGCUCGAUAGACUCCAAAGGCCGGCUCACGGCUGCGGGCUCGAUCAACUCCAACACAUCUCUGAGGAGGCGUUUUGGAUUUGGCACUCUGAGUCGGGAGAACAGCAAAUCGGAAAACGACUCCAAGGUGGGCUCGCUCUGGCGUUCGCUAAGCAAGAACAGCUAUGUAGCCGAGUUGCAGCCAGCGAGCAUAUCGAAAAACGGCGUUGGGCCGCUGGGUCGUUCGAAUUCGACCGACGCUGCUGCGCGCCUCUCGCCCAAGCGGCCAUCGUCGCGCGAUCGGCCGACUGUGCUAGGGGCAUUCAAUGUUGAAAAUACCAGUGCCAAUGCCAAUGCCAACAAUGGGCGGCCGUAUAGUGGGGCGCUGGGAACGAUUGGAGAGGUACCGCCCGCAGCCGGGCCUCCGCGCAAGAAGCGACGGUCUUCGCUGAGUGAUCUCAAGACUUUGCAGGAUGCUGACGAUGUGCCUGAGUGGUCACCAGAGACACCUCGCAAAACUGACGCUAUGCUCCGGCACGAGAAUCGACAGAUUACGGAUUCGCCUCGGCCUCAGACGCCUUCGGGAACGGCAACACUCAACAAGAUUGCGUCGGCGAUACCGGCGCCUGCACGACUUGGUUCGCCAAUACGGGUGGAGAGAAAAGAAAACACAGCGACGGUUGGGGCGGAACCGAGCAAGCCCGAACGGCCAGGACACGUACGGGCCAAGUCGAUUACCACGAAGCUAGAGAUCAAAGACGAGGUGACGAUCAAGUCGCACAGUCCUACGAAGAAGCGGAGCGAGACGGUUUCGGGCAUUCCCAGUCUGCGGCCUACGGUGAGUGGGGGGUUGCACGAGCGCACCGGGUCUGGCAAUACAGUCAAGCUCCCGCCGUCGACACCACGGUCGCCAACGAAGACGGGGCCUUCUUCGAGCAGUCCUGAGAAGAGGCUCCGGAUGCAGUCGCCACAGAAGCUGCGCGAGAGACUGCAGGCGCAAGAACAGGACAUUGACAAUGCUUCGCAGGCGCUGCAGAGCGAGCUGAGUGCGAUUGGACAGGAGCUGGGUGCCAAGGGCACGCCGCGUCUGACGACUCAGAGUUCAGCGCCUUCGCUGUCGAUAACCAACGGGACGCGGUCGGUCGAGGCGCGCAUGGCGGUGCUGGAGAAGCAACUCAAAACGACGCUGGAGACGCUGUCGGCACGGACGCUGGGGAUAGCCAGCGACGUGGCUACGUCUCUACAGGUGUCGGAAGCGCGAUGCAAGCACCUGGACCAGCUGUACCGCGAUGUCAAUGCGGAGAACGAGGCGCUGUACGCACGGUUCAACGAAGAGCUGGAGAAGGUGACGAGUAGCGCGCGAAAGGGGAGGGCUAGCGAGGAAGUGGAGCGGCGGCUCAAGUCGAGCGAAGAGGAGGCGGCGCGGCUGAGGAAGGAGAAUGCGCGGCUGAAGCGAGAGGUUGCUGGGCUCAAGGCUCAGAUCCGCGAGUGAGGGUGGUGGCGGCCGGGUUACUUUUUUGCGUGUCCAAAGACGAGAGGGUUUGGACA